AUUUAAAAGAAAUAAAAAUAUAUUAAAAGGAUGGAAAUAUAAUUAUUAAUUAACAAGCAGAUCAUUAAAGUACGCAGUAGAGUUGGAGUAGAACCCAAUCGAUCACCUUCCCCGAGAAAAACCCCAACAAAGUAACCCCUGCUUCCUCUGAUCUUCGAUCUUUUCUAUACUUGUUCUGGAAAUAUUGUUUCCCUAUUCAAUCCAAGCGGUGAAUUCCUAUCUAUUUUUUACACGUUUUAAACCUACCAAAGAAGAGAAAUCAGCGAAGCUUGGGAUUUGGGGAAAUAUGAUUCAAUUACUGUUUAGUUUGAUAUUCACGGAGAUUACUCUGAUAGUGAUGUUCGUGUUCAAGACUCCGCUGAGAAAGCUGGUGAUAAUGGGUAUCGAUCGGGCCAAAAGGGGUCGCGGCCCGAUCGUAGUGAAGACGGUAGCCGGAACCGUUUUUGUGGUGAUGAUGACCAGCGUUUACAGUGCCAUGGAGAUCCAACGCCGGUUGUCACAAGAUGCUGAAAUUAGUCCCACGGAUCAGAUUCUGAUGGGCAAGCACAUGCUUGAAGCUACUCUUAUGGGAUUUUCCCUUUUCCUUGCAUUUAUGAUCGACAAAUUGCACCAUUAUAUUCGAGAACUCCGCAUCCGAAGGAAGACCAUGGAAACUGCUAAGAAGCAGGGUCAAGGUUUUGAAGAUGGGAAUAAUGGUGGUGCUUCUAAGAAUGUUGUUAAAGCAAUGGAAGAGGAAGUAGCGGCAUUGCAGAGGAAGAUCAAGGAGUUGGAAGCUGAGGUUGAGGAAAGGUCUAAAGAAUCACGUCAUGCCGAAGCUAAUAAACUGGCCUUGCAAAAGCAAUCAGAAGGCUUCCUUCUUGAAUAUGGCCGGUUACAGGAGGAAAACGAGAGUCUCAGGAGUCAGUUGCAGGCGUUGGACAGGCAAUUAUCACAAUCGGAUAGCAAGAAGUCUAUGUAGUAAACUAACUUAUGAGUAUCUUCCAGUCCUAUACAAUUUUCCUUUAGUUUCGUGGAGUUUCUCUUGUAGAUUUUCCUCCUGCCUCGGUAAAUUAUGCAACUAAGAUCAAAGUUGAAACAGAUCAAUUGUUUGUGCUUUGUUGUUAAUUCAGUUAAAUAUUGUGUGUUUGAUUAUCUCAGAGAAAGUUUAGACACUUGGCAUCUUUCCUUUGCACAACAGCUUCUGUUUUGGAUACUGAUAAGUGUUUCCUUUACUUCUGCCAACUUGUCCAAAAAAAAAAAAAAAAAAAGAAAACUUUGCUGGAAUUAUCAUGUUCUUGGGAAACAAUCAGAAGUUAAACUUAGAAAAGGGUCGUUUUUCUGCACAAAUGUUUGAGCAUUUAGUGCAGUAGAAAUCAGCAAUGCUAAAAACACCAGGACUGAGAAAGCUGACAGAAUGAGAGUCAAGCCGGGAGCCAAAACAACGCCUUCAAUAUGUCCUGCAUAUUCUGAUGAGGUUAAUGCAAGAAGGGUGAGGGGAAAUGAGUAAGCCCACCAGCCAAGGUUGUAUCUCUUCAUUGAUUUCUUGAAUAAUGCCGGUCGACAAGCCUGAAGAAUGCAGAUUCCAUAGCAAAAUGAUUAGGCAUGAAAAAUAAUGAAAAAAGAAUCUUCAAAUAUCAGGAUUGACUCUUUUGACUUACUAAAGAAAUAAAGAGAAACAUGGAUAGGAAAAAGAGCAUUUUGCAUGAAAUGCUGAACGUCCCCAGAAUAGAGCUCCAAGCUAAGCAAGCUGCGCAUGGUGCCGCAACAAACAAGAAGAAAACUGGCCGCAAAAGCGCUGGAAAGCUCCCGGCGGCACCGGAUAAACGCUGAUAUAGCGUGAUGAACACCACAAAAUAAUGCACAGCUCCAACUGCAAAUAUGCAAACAGCGCUCUCUUUCCAUCCCAUUUGAGACGCAGUCCAAGCAGCCACCAUGUUGGCUAGGAUUGACAUCUGGCUGGUGGGAUUCGCAGCCAUGGAAAGGAACCGUUUCUCAGUAGUGAACCACUGUCCAUAGAGUUUCAAGUCCAAGAAAAUCACUGGUAACACAACAGGCCACCAUAAACCAUCAUAAACAACAUUUCUUGGGACGCUGAAGAAACCACCCCGGAAUGGAAGCGAUUGAAGGAGGAGAAGCCAGGAUAUCCAAGGAGCAAAUAAGUAGUUUAGUCCAACAUGGUUUGACAGUUCCUGUUUUAGAAUCUGGAAGUGAAAAAUGCACCUCAGGAAGUAGAGAAGAGUGAGCAGGAUCAAGUAACAAAAGGCAAACCACCAAAGUAAGUGGAAUGCCAGCCAUGGCAGACGAUUUGGGCCGCUGGAAAUGGCUAUGUGUUGGCUAAGCAUCUUCCAUAACAAUGCUUGGCUACACAUUGAAAGAGUUAUGGUAAAGUAACCAGGGUGGAUUCUGACUAAAAAGGAUGAUGCAAUUGAUCUUGUUGGGGAAUCAGGAAAUUCAACAGGUUGAAGGUGAUGAUUGUUAAUAUCAUUAUUAGGGUUCUUAUUGAUACUCGAAGAAGCAUCAAUGAUGACCGUUAGAGUGGCCAUUGUUGAACUGCUAGCUUCUUCUGAGAUCAACAAAUUAACUAGAGAGUAGGAAAUUUUGAAUAUAAUUAAGGGCUCAAUUUUUUACUGAAAGCACGGUUAGGAUUCGUAAUCUUGACCCAGGUAUUUAUAAGCAGAACACCAAGAUAUCCGCA